AAAUAUUAGAUUUAUUAUUAAAAUAAAUAAUUUAUGAUGGACAAGUUAUUAAAAAAAGCAUUGUCAACUCGUCAAAUAUUGUCAUAUCGAUCAGCUUUUGGAUGUCAAUGUUUCAAAUUGACAAAUAACAACAUUACCAGAAAGCUUCAUUAUGAUUAUAAAAAUCCUGAUAAAAUUCUUUGUCUUCAGCAUCAAAAAUUAAACAUGUCAUUAAUUCAAAAAAGACACAUGUUCAUUCAGACCCAAGAUACACCAAAUCCAAAUUGUCUUAAAUUUAUACCAGGAGUUUCUGUUCUUGAGCCAGGACAAACAAAAGAUUUUCCUAGUCCAUCUGAUGGUUUCUGUUCACCUUUGGCUAAAAUGUUAUUUAGAAUUGAAGGUGUUAAAUCAGUUUUUUAUGGUCCAGAAUUUAUAACAGUCACAAGAACAGAUGAAGAUGUUGAUUGGAGUAUAUUAAAACCAGAAAUAUUUGCAACAAUUAUGGAUUUUUUUGCAUCUGGAUUACCCGUUAUGUCUGAGGCACAGCCUUCAUCUGAUACGCAAAUCAAUGAUGAUGAUGAUGAGACUGUACAAAUGAUCAAAGAACUACUUGACACAAGAAUAAGACCAACUGUUCAAGAAGAUGGCGGUGAUAUUGUCUUUAUUAGUUUUGAAGAUGGAAUUGUCAAAUUAAAAAUGCAGGGAUCUUGCACAAGCUGUCCAAGUUCAGUUGUGACUCUUAAAAAUGGAGUACAAAAUAUGAUGCAGUUUUAUAUACCAGAGGUACUUGGUGUUGAACAAGUUGAAGAUGAUGCUCAAAAAAUGGCACAAAAAGAAUUCGACAAAUUGGAAGAAAAAAUUAACAAUAAAAAACCAUAGUUUUCUUUUUUAAUUGAAUAUAAAAGUCAUCAAGUUAUCUUGUAAAUUAUUGUUUGAAUUAAUUGUGUAAUGUUUGAUAAAUAAAAAAUCAAUACUUUCUUAAAAUACACAGUUAUUAAUUUUAAUUAUAUGAACGAAAAAUUGAUGAAUAAAUUUUACUUAGUAUCAUUGAUUAAAAUGAAAAUCUUAUAAAUUAAUGUAUAAAAUAUGGAAUUAAUAAAAAAAAAAAAAAAAAAUGUAUAAAUAAAUAAA